ACGUUCUAUAUAGAGCUCGAGCAGCUGUGGAGGAGGAAGGUCCUGAGUGGGAGCUCAGCAGCGCAAGCAGUUUCUCUCAGGAAAGCCUACGAGACGACGUGCAGGGCUCCCGCAUCAUGGCCCCGGCAUUCCCUCCCGGCAGGGUACUGUGAGAACCCUGGACGCAGCCUGUACACCUUCACAUAUCGUGGAACGUGUGUAGAUAGCGACUUGUCCUGCGCCACUUCUGACUGUUUUGGGACUUUUGCUCUUGGAAUGAUGGAUAAAAGCAGCCUGGUCACUCAAACGCAGACUGUCCUGAGGGCUGACAUCUUCGCUGACCACUACAGAGUUGUGGGCAAGGAGCUGGGCAGGGGGAAGUUUGCAGUGGUCAAGAAAUGUGUGGAAUUAUUGACAGGCAAUGAGUAUGCAGCAAAGUUUCUGAGAAAACGGAGAAAGGGGGAAGACUGCCGCAGUGACAUCAUCAAUGAGAUUGCCAUUCUGGAAAUGGCUCGGUUCUCACCCCACGUGGUGGAUCUCCAUGAGGUCUUUGAGACAAACAGUGAAAUUAUCCUUGUCAUGGAGUAUGCGGCUGGUGGAGAAAUCUUCAAUCAGUGUGUGGCUGACCAAGACGAAGCCUUUACAGAGAAAGAUGUUGUGCGGCUCAUACGUCAGAUCCUGCAGGGGGUGUUGUAUCUACAUGGAAAUAAUGUCGUCCAUCUGGACUUAAAGCCACAGAAUAUCUUGCUUACCAGCAGUAAACCACUGGGAGACAUUCGUAUUGUAGACUUUGGUUUGUCCCGGCAAGUGGACAGCAUCAAAGAGGUGCGAGAGAUACUUGGGACACCAGAGUAUGUAGCUCCAGAGGUGUUGAAUUAUGAACCAAUCAGCACAGCGACAGAUAUGUGGAGUAUUGGGGUGCUUACAUAUGUCAUGCUUACUGGAAUAUCUCCAUUCCUUGGAGACACAAAGCAGGAGACUUUUCUGAAUAUUUCACAAGUAGCCAUUCAGUACUCUCAGGAAGAGUUUGAGGGAAUCUCGGAUGAGGCUAUCCAAUUCAUCAAGUCUCUUCUCAUUAAAAACCCCAGGAAGAGGGCUCGAGCUGACGAGUGUCUUAAACAUGCAUGGCUUUCUCAAUACCAGGAGCCAGAACCCUUGGAGGCCAUAACUUUUGAGCAGAAUGAAAGUGAACUGGAGACGCCUAAAACUUCAGAAGAAAUUGUGCUUUUAGCAUCCUAUACAGUUCAUUGUCCAUGCAGGGAAACCAUAGAAACUGAUCUCAAAGGUGUAAGGAACCAAUUUACAGCCCUGAAGGAAAUUCAGCCUGAGGUUGUGUGUUAACAUCUGGAUAAUCUUUGAUUCAAACCAAAGCAGGUUCUCUCCUUCCAGGCUGGAUUUGGAGAUCUACGUCUUGUACUAACACCAGGUGACUUACAUGCCAGGAAUGAAACGGGUCCUUUCAAACAAGGCUUAGUUUUUUCUUUGACUUAUUUCAGCCGUAGGCAUUACUGAGUUUUCAUUGCUGCCUUGGUUGCCCGUGGAAUAUAUUUGAAUCUCAAUAGCAAUCUGUAUUUAGGCUUCAGACUUGUGCUACGGUCAUAUAACCAGAAUUUGGCUCCUUUAAAGCAUAUCAAACUUUGAAAUUAUGAAGUGCACUCAGAGGCAUCUUAAAGAGUUGGCAUUAUACUUUAUCUGCCACGGAUGAUGUUUUAAUGCCCUGCAGAUGGUGGUAACAUUAAACUUUUACACUUGAUAUUGACAGAUCCAACUUUAUGCUAGGUCUCAAAUCCCAUAAAAUUUUUCAAGCCUACAAUAUGUUUGCUUUGUGAUAGACAUUUACUCCCACGGAGGUCACUAACUUCCUUUACUGGAAUAUUUCUGUCCCAGUGUCCUCCUCUGUCCAGGAACAGAAGCAACAACAUGUGUGCACAUAGCCUAUGGUCUGCCAUUCCUAGGUAUUGAAAAUUGGCAUUGUGUGUUAUAUUGUGAUUUAUACAGAUUAGAUGUGGCAAUUGCCUAUUCACUGUUCUUGCAGCCAUUUUGUAGGUUGUACAUCAGUCAUGGCAACACAGCUCUGAAUAUUGGUUCUGCCACAGAUUGCAGUUCUAAUAUGGAUGCUAGAAAGCACCCAUAUUGUAGCUGUGUGAAUAUGGCCCUAUUACAGGACCCUCUAGAAACGGAAUGGCUUGAAAAUGUAACCUACUCACUUAAGAUGUAAAUAUUCCCUAGUUGGGAAAUUCCUAGUUAUGUAAAAUAUGAUCUAUUUAUAAAUGUGCUUUAUUUUAUUUUUCUAAAGAAAUAACAGACACAAGUGUCUGAUGUCAUUUACAUUAAUUUUACUGAAAUACGGUGCCUGGGUGCUACUAGAUUGUCAUAUUUCCUCUCCAUUGACAGCACAUCCAGGACUAGUUAUAUAGAUGUCUAUAUGAAUGACCACAGAGAGUAUACUGUAUCCUAACAGCACGUAGCUUGCAUCUUUCAAUAAA